AUGCCGGAUCAUGACAUUUCAAUUAAAAGCGUACAGAAUAGUGAUAAUACAGAUGAAAGAUUAAAAGCUAUUGCUUCUUUUUUCGGCUUCUCUUUUGAACAAGUUGAAUCGAUUAAUAGUGACCUCAUAAAACACCUGAACGAUAAACUCCUACAAUUCAAUGAACUCAAAUCAGAGAAUCUUCAAAUUACUGUUUCUUUUGAUGAACUUAAGACGAAUUCUUCGAAAAAAAUUGAUAAUUUGAAAAAGGAAAUGGAAAAUCUUAUAAAACAAAAUGAUGGAAUCCGAAAGGAGAGGGAUGACACCUGUGAUAAGUUGGAAUCUGAAAAAAAUGAAAAGACGAAAAUAUCGAAUGAACUAGAGUCAAUAAAAAGGAGGGCCGACGACCUAAUCGAAGAGAAGAAGGAACUGCAGUGCAAUCAACAGCGAACUUUAAAAAUAUUGGAUGAAAGGCUAAAAGAACUAGAAAUAGCUAGGAGUGAUAAUAAUCGUUCUGAUAAUGAAUGCAAGAGAUUACGUUCUACAAUAAUAGACUUAGAGACAAAACAGCAAGACCUUAUUACUAGUGACCUGAAUUCCAGGGCUGAAUUGGAAAGAAAAGCACAAGAGUUGAACAUAUUACAGUCAACCAAUGAUUGGUUAGAAAAGGAGUUGUGCUCUAAAAAUGAACAGUAUCUUUCCUAUAGAAAAAAAACAGAUAAAAUCAUUUUGGAAAUCAGAAACGAAUUAAAUCAUUUAAGAAGUGAUUUUCAAGUGGAAAAAACAAAAAAUGAUGUCUUAACGCAGAAAAACGAUGAGCUAUCGAAAUCUCUACAAGAAAAAUUGUUGGAGAUUAAAAGUUUAUCGGAUUGUUUGAGUAGUGAAAAGCAAGAGUUUUCUACAGAGAUUAACCUAAAACAACGCUUAGUAGAUCUUUUGGAGUCACAGUUGAAUGCAGUCAAAGAAGAAUUGGACAGUACAAGAGGGUUGGAAACUUCAAAUGACUCAAAAAAACACAUGUCUGAAAAAGAGGACUUAGUCAAAGAAUUGCAGUUAACAAAAGAAGAACUGGCACAGUGCAAAAGCGAAUGUAUACGCCUAUCGUCUAUCAUUGGUGAAACGGAUGAAGAAAGUGGAAGCUCAACCUCAAGAUCCAGUUCUGAUUUCAUAUUAUUGAAGAAACAACUAAUCAAAGAAAAACGUGCCAAGGAACAUCUUCAAAAUCAAAUUGAGUCGUUUAUCUUAGAGUUGGAACAUAAAGUACCUAUCAUAAACUCUUUCAAGGAGAGAACAGAUACGCUGGAAAAUGAAUUAAACAACGCUGCGUUAUUAUUGGAGCAUACAUCCAACGAGAAGAACGCGAAGAUCAGAGAAUUGAGUGCUAAAAGCGAAAAACUAAAACAAUGUGAAAACGACAUUCAAACCUUAAUCAAACAACGCCUCGAUUUAUGUCGUCAAGUACAAUAUCUACUGAUCACAAAUUCAGUUUCCAAAGACUCAAAGGGACCUUUACGUAAGGAAGAAAUCAUGUUCAUUCAGAAUAUUUUACAAAACGACAGUGACACUGCUACAGAGACUGACUCUCAGAAAAUCGUUACCGAAAGACUAGUCGAGUUCAGAAGUAUCAUAGAAUUACAAGAAAAGAAUACUGAGCUUUUGAAAAUAGUGAGAAACUUAGCUGAUAGACUGGAAUCAAAUGAAAAUGAGUCCAAACAAAGUCUUCAGAAAAUUGAAAGUGAAACCAUAAAUGAGGCCAAAGAGGCAAUACUAACCCUAAAAGCUGAAAAGGAGCAACUAGAAUCAAAAGUUGAGGAGUUAGAGAAGGAAUGUGAAAAUUCGAAAGCCUUGCUUUCUAACGAAGAAACUUCGCAUCUCAAUUCGACGAUACAACAAUUAAACGAAACCAAAAGGAAUCUAGAAUGCCAAAUUCAAGAUCUGCAAAGUAACAUUUCCCAGAUUACGAGGGAGUCUACUGAGAAUAUGUCACUUUUGAACAAAGAGAUACAAGAUCUAUACGAUAGCAAAAGUGACAUAUCUAUUAAGCUUGGAAAAGAAAAAUCGUCCAGGAUACUGGCAGAAGAACGGUUCAAGCUACUUUCAAAUACGUUAGAUUUAACUAAAGCUGAGAAUGAUCAACUACGCAAAAGAUUUGAUUGUUUACAAAGUACUAUUUUAAAACAAGAUUCAAAGACCCAGGAAACCCUCAAUGAAUACAUUUCCUGUAAAUCUAAGCUGAAUAUUUGUGAAACAGAAUUAUACAACCUGAAAGAGGAACAGAAACUGAAAAUCGAUUCCGAACAAAACUUGAAACAAGAAAUGCAAAAACUUUCAUCCGAAAAGACCGGUUUACGUAUAAUGGUUACCCAAUUGCAAACUCUACAAAAGGAACGUGAAAAUCUAUUGGACGAAACCAGAAAAUCAUAUCAGAACAAAAUAGAUGAACUUGAACAUGCUCACAAUGAACUAAAAGGAGAAGCUUCUCAUAAAGAUCAACGUAUUAAACAACUGGAAGAAGACAAUAAUUCAAGUAUAGAAUGGUAUCAAAAUAAAAUUGAGGUGUUGAAAAAGGAUAAUGAAUCCAUUAUAUGUUCUAUGAACGAUAAGCAGGCUGAGAUUGAGAAGUUACAGCAUAAAGUCAAAUCCUUAGAAAAGGAAAUUGACGAAAAUAAGAUCCGUUUACAUACUUAUAAUGUUAUUGACGGAACAAUCAAUGAUGACUCCCUACGCAAGGAACUAGAGAAAUCCAAAAUCAGCUUGACUGAUGCUUAUUCUCAGAUACAAGAAUAUAAAGAGCUUUACGAGACCAAUGCUAAAUCACUAAAACAAAUGCAUUCUAAAUUCGAAGAAUCCAGCAAAGAUUUCUCUAAUCGAAUUAAAAAUUUAACUAACGAAAAGAGUAGUUUAGAGGAAAAGAUUUCGCUAUUAAAAGAGCAAAUUUUCAACUUGAAUAAUGAGCUAGAUUUACAGAAUAAAGGGAUGAAAGAAGAGAAAGCUGAAUUCAGGAAAAAAAUAUCUAUUUUACAAAAUAAUAACAAAGAAGUUGAAGCUGUUAAAUCUGAAUACGAAUCGAAGUUGUCGAAAAUUCAAAAAGAUCUUGAUCAGCAAACAAUAUACGCUAAUACUGCUCAAAACAACUAUGAACAGGAAUUACAGAAACACGCGGAUGUUUCUAAAACGAUCAGUGAAUUAAGGGAACAAUUGCAUACUUACAGAGUUCAAGUAAACACCUUAACAUUAUCGCGUAACCAAUUAGAAAGUACAUUGAAAGAAAAUGAAAGGAGCUGGACCUCUCAAAGGAAAGCACUAAUAGAACAGUUAGAAUCAUCUAAUUCUCGAAUUGAGGACCUAACUUCUCAGAAUAAACUUUUAUAUGACCAAAUUGAACUAUACACGACUGCAGAUAAAGGAGUGACUGACACAAACGACAAACCUGCUUUGAAUAGUAUUUUACUUUCAUUACGCCGUGAAAGGGAUAUUCUUGAUACCAAAGUUACGGUAGCAGAAAGAGAUGCUAAAAUGCUAAGGCAAAAAAUCUCUUUAAUGGAUAUUGAAUUGCAAGAAGCUCGUACAAAACUGGACAAUUCGAGACUUGAAGAGGAAAAACGUCCAACUAUCAUUCAGCAGCAUGAGGAUAUCAUGGAAAAGCUAAAUCAAUUGAAUUUAUUAAGAGAAAGCAACAUAACGUUGCGCAAUGAACUUGAAAAUAAUAAUGAAGAGAAGAGGGUGCUCCAAUCUGAAUUAGAUAAAUUGAAACAAGACAUCGCACCAAUCGAGUCUGAACUGGCUGCUCUAAAAUAUUCAAUGCAAGAAAAAGAACAAGAGCUCAGGUUGACGAAAGAAGAGGUUCAUCGGUGGAAGAAGCGCUCACAAGACAUAUUGGAGAAACAUCGACAGAUGAGCUCAAGCGAUUAUGAAAAACUAGAACAUGAGAUAGAUAGCUUGAAGGUAAAACUAGAUGAAAAAACACGCCAAGGUGCUGAAGCCGAGGAAAGGUUUAACAGAUUGAGAAGGCAAGCUCAGGAGAGAUUGAAAACAUCGAAGCUCUCACUGGACACAUUAACUGAGCAAGUUAAUGAUCUAAAAAAUGCUAAGAUCAAGUUAGAAAAGUCCUUGGAUGAUGCUAAUACAAAAAUUGAAGAAUUAGAGAACGCAAAGGCAGAACAAGAUAACAAUCAAUUAGAUGCGAUAAAAAGAUUGCAACAAGAUGCAGAAAAUAGCUCUAAAGAGUUUAAAACUAAGUUAGAAGAGAAAGCGACUUUCUAUGAUUCGACGAUAAAGAAACUAAAUGAAGAGAUUAUAACAUUGAGAGAAGAAAUAGAGAAACAAAGGAGAAUUCAACAACAAUUACAAUCUGAACCAGCUAAUGAACAAAAUGACUUAUCUAAAAUAGUUGAAUCUAUGAAGAAGACUUUUGAAGAAGAUAAAAUCAAUUUUAUCAGAGAAAAGACCAAAGAAGUUAAUGAGAAAAUACUAGAGGCCCAAGAAAGGCUGAAUCAACCAAGCAAUAUUAAUAUCGAUGAACUGAAGAUAAAAUGGAAAGCCGAGCAUGAGGAGGAAGUGGUCAAUAGAAUCCGUGAAGCUGAAGAAGCACUUAAAAAGAGAAUAAGAUUGCCUACUGAGGAGAAAAUAAGUAAGAUAAUCGAACGUAAGAGAGAAGACUUAGAGAAAGAGUUUGAUGAAAAAGUGGAAGAGAGAAUAAAAUUAUUGAGCCAAUCCGGACAAAUGGAUGUAACUUUUCAAAAACAGUUUGAAAUUAGGAUCCAAGAGAAGCAAAAGGAACUAGAGGACAAAUACAACGAAAAACUAAAAGAAUUAUCACAUUCAAACAGUAUUUCUAUUGAUGAAAGGGAUCAAUUACGAGCAGAGAUUGAAACAAAAAUGAGGAAAGAGUUGGACAAUGAAUUGCAACAUAUAAAAAAGAAAUCUUUCGAAGAAGGUAAACAACAAGCAAUGAUGAAAACGACUCUUUUGGAAAGAAAGCUCGCUAAGAUGGAAUCUCAACUGUCAGAAACAAAGAAAAUUACUGAAAGCCCUUCUAAACAUGUAAACCAUACACAGAAUCAAUUGUUAGGGUUACCUAGGAAGAUCGAAGAAAAUUCAAGCUCAUCAUUCAACCCGUUACUCUCCGGUGAAAAACUUUUGAAAUUGAACUCUAAGUCGUCCUCGUCAGGUGGAUUUAAUCCCUUUACUUCGCCAUCACCGAACAAAUCCUCGCAAAAAGUUGAUGACCAAAGGGAGUUGACGACCAACAAAGCAGAUCCGCCGACCCAUUUGACACCUAGUUUCAACAUUCCUGCCGGAAGGGGUCUAAUCUCUUCGUCUUCUACCUUGUCAACAGAUACAAAUGAUGAGGAACUUACUGGUAACGAGCAAAAUAAUUCAUCUGAUGGAAAUACUCAAUUGGAAGCCGGUAUCGAAAAGGCGGAAGAGAAAGAAUUUGCGGAAAAAAAGAAGGAAGUCGAGGGAGAAACCACAUCCCAUAAACGACCUAUUGAUGAGGUUAGGGAGUUGAAAGAUGAUGAUGAUGAGGUUAGUGCAGAAUUCUCAAAUGAGCCGAAAAAGGUCAAGACUGACGAUGAAGAAGAGGAGAAAGCAAAGGUGGAUAACGAAAGAAAAGAUGAGGGAGAAAAUAGUAGCAAGGAUUCAGAACAAGAUUGA